UUUCAAUGUUCUCAUUGCCUUUGCUGUCAGCUUGAUUCGUGAGCCCCAUCUGGUUGAAACCCCAGUCAAGUUUCGCUUCCCCUGUUUGACCGUUUCAAGCCUAGCGGUCGAGCGUCACUGUCCGAGAUGCCAUGGACAUUUCAUCCCUGUAUGAGACGAUGGCUGCUGGGAACCAAACGCCGUCCAAACUUCUUUGGCCCUCGGCCGACCUUGGGGGCGAGAACCUGGGGCCAGCCCCACCAGUCAGUUCAGUCAAUGGCACUCCUAUGUUUCAAAGAGAGCGGGUACCGUGCGUCGUCAUCUCCUGUUCAUGGUGGUAUCAGACUUGGAAUGACAUUCAAGAAACGUUACACUGGACGUCUUUGACAAUAUCCACCUGUGUCUGCUGCAAAUUCAUCAUCAUACAGGGAGCGGUUCAAGUGGCCCUCUCUUACCAGUCCCAAGAACUCCAAGAGAAGGGUUUCUGGUUGGCUACCAAGAGGAUUGAGCUCUCCUGGAUUCGGGAAUGUGACAAGUCAAGAUUCUGGUACGACAUCGUAAAUCUCAUCGAUGUGGAGAUCGACAAGGCCAGCGCUGAGUCCAAGAUUGUGAAGAAGUGUUGGGUACUUUCAACUACCUGCUCGGCUAAGGUGGCUCGGCCAAGGGGAUGA